UAAACCGAGCCCUUUGGCAGAGACUGUGUGAUCCCUGGAAGCAGGCUGGUCUUACAAAUUCCUUGAUUUGGGGCGAAACAACGAGCUGAUAAAGAAGUGAAAACAUGGCUGUUGCGGGCUGCACGAAAUGCAUAAAAUACAUGUUAUUCUUCUUUAAUUUCAUUUUCUGGCUGGCUGGAGGUGUGAUCCUAGGAGUGGCCCUGUGGUUACGCCAUGACAGCCAAACUAGCAACCUCCUCAUACUUCAGUUGGAAGGCCAACAGGCACCAGGCACCUUUUACAUCAGCGUGUACAUACUGAUAGCUGUUGGAGCUGUGAUGAUGCUUGUGGGAUUCCUUGGAUGUUAUGGUGCCAUCCAAGAAUCUCAGUGCCUGUUGGGGACGUUCUUCUUCUUUUUGGUGAUCCUCUUUGCCUGUGAAGUUGCUGCAGCGAUCUGGGGUUUCAUGAACAGAGACACUAUCUCCAAAGAGCUUAUCAAUUUCUACGACUCUGCAUACAUCAAGGCUGUGGAUGUCUCAGGGUCUCCCAGUAAAGACGCAGCCAUCAAGGUGUUGGGCGUUUUCCACAGUACGCUCGACUGCUGUGGAAAAGGAGAUGACACUGCUCUUUUCUUACAAGUCGCUUCCAGCUUGUGUCCUGGAAAACCUAUACAAGCCUUUCAGAGAUCCCAGAGCUGUCACAAAAAACUGACCUUGCUGUUCUCUGAGAAGCUCUACCUCAUCGGUCUGGCUGCCUUGGUGGUCGCUGUGAUCAUGAUUUUUGAGAUGAUCUUCACCAUGGUGCUCUGCUGCGGGAUCCGUAACAGCCCGGGAGUGUAUUAGGUGUCCUGCAAGCAGCAACGAGCCACAUAAGCCGACACUUAAGUGUUUUAUGUGCCUUAGCUCUUUUGCUGUUAACAUCAGAUGGAUAUAUCUUCUUUUAUCUUAGACUAGAAAAUGUUUUGUAUGUGCUGUUAAUCUAUCCCCGCUGAUCUUAAGACAAUAGUUUACAUACUUGAGGUGAGACAAUCUUUAGUCAUCAACACACAUAACAUAAAUUUUAUACAUGCAGUUUGUUGGAAAAUGUUUCUCUAGAUGUGACUGAUUCUCUUUUUAUGGAUGUAUAAAUUGUAGAUAUACGUAAUAUGUUGAUAACAUUUUGAGGAGUGUGUUUUCUCGGGUUGAUUGCUUAUGUUGCUUCUUGCUGCAGUGUGUCAGUAUUAUUUAAGUGGCAGUUUUUCUGUAAUCAGCAAGGAUGCUUUCAGUCAACCGUGUGCCUCUUCUUUGACCCUGAUCAACCAUCUCGUUCUGUUUCACCUUUGUUGACUUCAAACACCUCUCCUUGGACAGAGACAAAACUUGUAUUCUUUCUCUAAACCUAUUUUAAUAAUGCUAAUAAAUUAUGCCACCUCUCUUGUA